AUGGAAAUUGCUUCAAAAGCUGCUGAGAUUCUGAGGUGUAUGUACACCUCAGGCUACUCGCUGCUGCUGCCUUCCUUUUCCUUUUCUGCUGCUCGCCGGUCUCUCAGCUGCGCUUUUGCUGCUGAGAUGAAGGCCCUCGUCAAAAGCCUCAAACAAACAGUAAGCAGCAGCAGCAGCAGCAGCAGCAGCAGCAGCAGCAGCAGCAGCAGCAGCGGCGACUGUAGCAGCAAAACCUGCAGCAGCAGCGGCAACAGCUGCAGCGGCAGCAGCAACAACUGCAGCAGCAGCGACCGCUGCAGCAGCAACCCCUGCAGCAGCGGCUGCUGCAGCAGCAGCAGCAACAGCAGCAACAGCAGCAGCAGCAGCAGCAGCAGCAGCAGCAGCAGCAUUUGUGUUGCGUUUAGGCCUGUUCUUUCAUUCGGUGUUUUAAAGCAAAUGAAAAAAAAGAAGAAAACAGAUUUGAUGUUUCUAGUUGGUCUUGGCGUUACGUUUGCUGUUGCUGCUGCUGCUGUUGCUGCUGCUGUUGCUGCUUUUGCUGCUGCUGCUGCUGCUGCUGCUGCUGCAGAUGAGUACAAAGUGGGGCCAUCUGAAAUAUGUCUGUCGCAAAAUGGCCUUGACCGGCUUGACGCUCUCCUUGAGGCCCCUUUUAGCCAGGAACAGCAGCAGCAGGAGCAGCAGCAGCAGCAGCAGCAGCAGCAGCAGCAGCAACUGCAGCAGCAGCGGUUCGCAGAGCUGGCAGCAGAAAUGCUGCGGCUGCGCAAAGUCAUGAGGCGCCGGCGUUUGCUGCUGAGGGCCAGAGGGAUAGCCAAGCUUUUUCUUUAUCUGAGGAAGCAAAAGUGUCAGUUUGCUGCUGCUGCUGCUGCUGCUGCUGUUGCUGCUGCUGCUGCUGCUGCUGUUGCUGCUGCUGCUGCUGCUGCUGCUGCUAACGGCGCUGCUGACUGUGACGGCCAGUGGCUAGCCCGGCUUUGUGCUGCUCGCGUUUUGCUGCUGCAAGUGUCGGCGGUGCGCAGCAAAGCCCUCAGAGACUUUGCUGCACCUCUAGCUGAAGCACUGCGAGCAGCAGCAGCAGCAGCAGCAGCAGAAAAGGAAGCAGCCGCAGCAGCAGCAAAACAGGCGGAGCAGCAGCAAAGGGAAGAGGCAAUGGCCCUGCGAAUACAGUUCGCCUGGAGACGCGCCUCUCGGCGCCGCAAGCUGCAGCAGCAGCAGCAGCAGCAGCAGCAGCAGCAGCAAGAACUGCAGCGGCAGCAGCAACAGCAGCAGCAAGGGCAGCAGCAGCAAGCGCUGCAGCGGCAGCAGCAGCAACAGGAUUCCCUAGAGCACUCGGCGCUGCAACAGACCCAGGGGCAGCAGCAACGGCAGCAGCAGCAGCAGCAGCAACAGCAGCAACAGCAGCAGCAGCAGCAACAGCAGGUCCCUGCAGCAGACGACGUUUCAGCCGGAGGAGCCCGCAGCAGCAGCAGCAGAAGCGGAAAGCUGGAACUCACGAGGCAGCUCGUGCUGCUGCAGCGAGCAGCAAGAAAGUGGCUAAGAAAAAAGAGAAGGGGGGCCCCCUUGGGGGCCCCCCUGGGGGCCCCCCUGGGGGCCCCCCUGGGGGCCCCCCUGGGGGCCCCCCUGGGGGCCCCCCUGGGGGCCCCCCUGGAGGCCUCAACUGUACCCUUUUCAGGGGGGCCCCCAGCUGGGAGCUGUAGCUGCAGCGGCUCGACUGUCCGCAGCAGUGAGCAGCAGCAGCAGCAGCAGCAGCAGCAGCAGGUGCUCCCACCACCCGCUGCAGCAGCAGCUGCAGCAACAGCAGCAACAACUGCAGCAACAGCAGCAGCAGCUGCAGCAGCAGCAGCAGCUCAAGAUGAAAACAUGUCACCUGAAGUUUCUUCUUGGGAUCAGUCAGAAAUAGAAGGGCCUCACUGGAAGGCAGCAGCAGCAGCAGCAGCAGCAGCGCGCUGUGCUGCAGCGGAGGCCCGCGCUGCAGCAGCAGCAGCAGCAGCAGCAGCAGCUAGGGGCCCCUCACUCAUCCCUCGGGCUCCUGUUGCUGCUUUGCUGAAGGUGAAUCACAAGCUGUUUCUUUUGCCUUGUCUCUAUAAGCUGCUAUUUGCUUCUGCUGCUGCUGCUGCUUUUGUUGCUGCUGCUUCUGCUGCUGCUGCUUCUGUUGCUAUUGCUGCACCUGCUGCUGCUGCUGCUGCUGCCGCUGCUGCACCGAUUGCUGUUCGUGUUGCACAUACAGUUGCUGCUUCAUCUGUUUUCACUGCUGCUGCCUUCGCUGCUGCUUGUGUUGCUGCUGUUGCUGCUGUUGGUAUUGCUGCUGCUGCUGCUGCUGCUGCUGCUGCUGCAGGCAAGAGGAACAGAGAGCAGCAAACGCUGCUCCUCUACAAGCUUGGGGGCCCCCUCACAAGACGGGGCUCGCUCAGUGUUGGCGGCAGCCCUCGCAGCAGCAGCAGCCUCCAGUCUUUCUCUGCCUCUCCUUUGCUGCACCCCGCGGCUGCUGCUGCUACUCCUGCUGCUGCUUCUGGAACAGCAGCAGCAGCAGCAGCAGCAGCAGCAGCAGCAGCAGUUAGUGACAGCUGCCUCUACAACUCAAGACUCCUCCACAAAUCCCGUAUCCCUCAGCCCCGCAGCAGACGCGCUCAGCCAGCCCCGGGGCCCCCAGGGGGGGCCCCCAGGGGCCCCGAGGGGGCCCUCAGGGGGCCUUUGGGGGCCCCCUUGGGGGCCCCCUUGGGGGCCCCCUUGGGGGCCCCCGGGGGCCCCCAGGGGCCCCUGGGGGCCUCCAAUUCCAGUAUUCCCUCCCCCUCACACUUUGUUGCUCAGAGAAAGAGGCGAGCCUGUGCGCUUUAG